GACGCGCGCCUUCGCGGGACCCGUCCCAGGGCCGGCGGCUUCUCCUCACGCGUGUUCGGGAGUUGGAGAUGCUGUUAGGCUGCUGUUUUAUCCAACGUGAGCAGUUGGCCAGAGAUGGAAAACUUCAUUCUGUAUGAGGAGAUCGGCCGAGGAAGCAAGUCCGUUGUCUAUAAAGGGCGGCGGAAGGGGACGAUCGAUUUUGUAGCCAUUCUUUGUACCGAGAAGUGCAAAAGGCCUGAAAUAACCAAUUGGGUCCGUCUCACCCAUGAAAUUAAACACAAGAAUAUCGUAACUUUUCACGAGUGGUAUGAAACCAGCAACCAUCUCUGGCUCGUGGUGGAACUCUGCACAGGUGGUUCCUUGGAAACGGUCAUUGCUCAAGAUGCAAACCUCCCAGAAGAUGUGGUGAGAGAGUUUGGAGUUGACCUCCUCGCUGGAUUACAUCACCUUCAUCAACUUGGCAUUCUCUUCUGUGACCUUUCUCCAGGCAAGGUGCUCUUGGAAGGGCCUGGCACACUGAAGUUCAGUAACUUUUGCUUGGCCAAAGUGGAAGGUGAGAAUUUGGAAGAGUUCUUUGCUUUGGUGGCAGCAGAAGAAGGAGGAGGUGAGAGCGGGGAAAGUGCACUGAAGAAAACCGUGAAGGGCAAAGUCAAAGGCUCUCUUACGUAUACAGCGCCUGAAAUCCUGAGGGGUACUGACUUCUCCAUCCCCAGUGACCUCUGGUCCUUGGGCUGUCUGCUUUAUGAAAUGUUUUCAGGAAAACCUCCAUUCUUCUCAGAAAGUUUUUCAGAAUUAAUUGAAAAGAUUUUUUAUGAGGAUCCUUUGCCACCUGUUCCAAAAGAUCCUUCUCUUCCUAAAGCUUCUUCAGAUUUUAUUAAUUUGCUUGAUGGUUUACUUCAGAAAGAUCCUCAGAAAAGGUUGACGUGGGCCGGCCUGCUGCAGCAUUCCUUUUGGAAGGGUGCUUUUGCACGGAGAGACCAUGAAUGGAGCACCGAGAAUCCCACCUUCAGCAGAAAAUUGACGGAGCAUUCUGGAACCCAAGAUUCCAAGGAGGUUGUGAAGCCUCAGAGUGGACCAGCCAAGGGGGAGAGGAGCAGUCAUCGCCCUAGACCCUCUUUCAGACUAGAAAACCCAGCUGAGUUGCGGCCUAACAGUGCUGUUGGGGGCCAGCCGAACGAGUCCAUGUUUCUCCUGAGUUCUCGCCCGACUCCGAGAACUAGCACUGCAGUCGGACUAAGUCCUGCUGAGGAUAUGACUCAACAUUCACCACAGAGGGCCUCUCCUUUGACCAAGAUACCUGUCUGUGCAGCUAAAGGCAGUGGAGAGGAGCCCAAAGAGUCAGCAGAUGUGAGGGGUGAGUGUAAUGGGGAGAGGGCACAACCCAGGGCUCAUUCAGAUGCUGGCCUGGAAAUCACACGGCACCAGGUGCUGGGCAUGGCAAAGGUCAUGGUCAACACACGGGCAUUUACAGGAGAGAAACUCAUGGCACCUGUUCAUAAGUACAUGGGAAUCACCAGUUCUUCCAGGGAGGCCUCCUCUGAGCCAGGUCGCGUCACCUUGCUAGCGUGCCGGCCCCUUAGCUCGGUGAUGGGCGGUCAGUGUCGAAGUAGACGCUGGGAAGGGAGUUUGCGGAUCAGAGUUGAGCGGACUUCUGGUACCAUCUGGUAUCGAGGAGUGCCCGGUACCGGGCCUGUAGCCGCGAGGCUUCUCCACCCCUCCGAUAGAGGGCGCACUCUUGUGAGCGGCUUUUGUAGCCGUUGCUUCCUCGGUGCUUCACUGCUGGUGGACUUGCGGGCAGUCCGCUGGGGCCGAGCCGCGGUGCUGAGACCCCCUUACUUACCCGCUUCUCCUUGGGCUGGAGCUCGGGGAGCGGGAGGCGGUGCUGCGGCGGCUGGAACACAGUUGCCAAUGGAUCACUUUUUAAGGGUCUGUAGUUCUCCUCAGAGCUUAUUUUUCCUCAUUUGCAGACGGGCCAAGGUUGCUCGGGUGAUUGGUUUACUGGCCUCACACACAGCGGAGCUCCAGGAAAAUACACCUGUUACUGAGAGAAUGAAUAACCCAGUAUUAGGAAGAGAGCUGGAGCGGCUCCCAGGACCCACGGGUCAGGGGCAGCGUGAACGUCGUGGUUAUUCUGGGGCACGUCGGCACCUGCACACGGCCCCCUUGAAUGGCUGUGGUUUCCAUGUGGGCAGAAACAGAAAACAUUCCUGUGCAUUCGGUUCCGCAUGUAAUGGGAUUAUGGAGGCCUUCCGAGAGCUGCGGGAGUCGUGGGGGUGCCGCACCUUGUUAGAACAGCAUGACCGUGUUCAUCGCUGGAGGCAGAUCUGGACUGAGGUCUUCGUAGACUGCCAGACCCUCUCUCCGCCACUGCGACGCGGCUGCUAUCGCGGCCUUCUGUCGACGGCACCGCACUGCGGGAGGAAGGAGGUUUCUGAAGGGACUCGGGGACCCUUUCAGGAAGAAAAAAAGAAGAGCCCCAGGGACUGCUGGGCCGUUCCCUCGGCCGCCUACACCGUGCUGACGAGGUGUCUUCGGGAAGGGGAAGAACGUGUUGUGAAUCACCUGGCAGCAAAGACCAUUGAAAAUGUCUGCACCACCUUUUCUGCUCAGGCGCAGGGCUUUAUUACAGGAGAAAUCGGACCUGUGUUGUGGUACCUAUUCAGACAUUCUACUCUUGAUUCUCUCAGGAUAACAGCAAUAUCGGCCUUGUGUAGAGUCACUCGCCAUUCCCCUGCUGCCUUCCAGAAUGUUCUUGAGAAGGUGGGACUGAACUCCGUGAUAGCCUCACUGGCCUCCGCCAUCUGCAAGGUUCAGCAGUACAUGCUGACCUUGUUCACCUCCAUGUUGUCCUGUGGGAUUCAUCUUCAGAGGCUAAUCCAGGAGAAGGAUUUUGUCUCUGCAGUUAUCCGUUUACUUGACAGCCCAUCAACUUCAAUUAGAGCAAAAGCCUUCCUCGUUCUUUUAUAUAUUUUGAUUCAUAAUCAUGAGAUGCUGCUACUUGGCUGCCAAGCAAGACUCGUGAUGUACAUUGAGAGAGACAGCAGAAAGACCACUCCAGGCAAGGAGCAGCGAGGCAGCCAUGAGUACCUGUCCAGGUGCCUGGACCUCCUCAUCCGUCACAUCGUGCGCCAGCUGCCGCGGAUCCUGGGUGACAUCCUUAACGCCUUGGCCAAUGUUUCCGGUCGUAAACACCCAUCGACAGUCCAAGCGAAACAGCUGAAGAUGUGUCUGCCCAUGAUGCCGGUAGUGCUUCACCUCGUGACCUCUCAGGUAUUUCGACCUCAAGUUGUAACAGAAGAGUUCCUUUUCAGUUACGGAACGAUUCUUUUCGCGGCUUUAGUUAGCCUCUACUUAGCUCAGCGGGUGGGAAGUCUGCCGUGGUGCGGCUGGCUUCUCUGCUCCGGUUCUCCUGCCAUCGAAGUCCGGGGUCCACUGGUGUCCUUGCCGGAAGACCGUGGGAGAAACCUGCUUCUGGGCUCGUUGAGGUGGUCGGAGGAACUCAGCUUCUUGCAGAGCCGGGUCACUCAGCCCGACCGCCUUGACUCCCUCCGGCCUCUUGUUCUGCCACAGAAGGUGGUGACCGGUGGUGAGCCUCCAGCAGUGGUGCUAGUGAGCAGGAAAGUCUGCGGACGGUCCGCAUUGAGCGAGAGGCUGAGCAGAAACCUCUCGUGCGCGAGCCAAGGCACAGAGGUGUGCGGUCACCGAGUCGCCGGGUGCCGAGCCGUCUCUGGGUCGUUCACAGGGCUGAGGCUGAUAAGAAAGAGUUACAGUCCGACCACAAAACCCUCGUUCCAAGGUGUGGUGAGGUCCACCGAUCAGGAGAAAAGCACCCUUGAAAAGAUAGCUUGUUCUAGUCACAGAUCCAAAGGUGGGGGCACCACGCUGAGGGCGGCCACAUCUGGACACAACAGGACACCUUCCUGUGUUGACGAGAGUUAUCUAGUGCAGAGGUUGGGUAACUACAGUUUAUGGGCCAAAUCCAGCCCGCCUGCUUUUGUAAAUGUGAUAUCGGAAGGCAGCCACUUGGCCUUGCUUAUUGUCUAUGGCCGCUUCUGCGCUACAGUGGCACAGCUGAGUAGCUUUGAAAGCACCGUAUGGCCUGCAAAGCCGCAAGUACUUACUUCUGGCCCUUUCCUGGAGAAGUUGCCGGACUCUGGAUCUCGGGAGAAGGGGAAAAAUGAUGAAGCUAGAGGACUUGUGGAAGAGAGCAGACUGAUCCCGCUCAUUUUUGAAGUAAUUCUGGAACAUCAGGAGAACAUUCUGGGUAACACCAUGCAGAGUGUGAUCGCAUUGCUCAACAAUCUGGUUGCCUGCAAAGAUUCAAAUAUGAAGCUACUUUAUGAACAAGGACUGGUCCGUCACGUCUGUGACCUAUUCACCGAGACUGCCACGCUGUGCUUGGACGUGGACAAUCAGAACCACAAGGAGAUGGCCGCCGCCCUGCUCUUCUCCCUGCUUGACAUCCUGCAUGGCAUGCUGACCUUUACAUCCGGCGUCGUCCGGCUGGCUCUGCAGGCACAGAAGUCUGGCUCAGGAGGGGACACCCAGGCUGCGGAGGACCUGCUGCUGCUGAGCAAACCUCUGACAGACCUCAUCAGCCUGCUCAUUCCGCUGCUUCCAAACGAGGAUCCUGAGAUUUUUGAAGUUUCAUCGAAGUGUCUGUCUAUACUGGUUCAGCUGUACGGAGGGGAAAACCCAGACAGCCUGUCUCCUGAAAAUGCAGAGAACUUUGCUGAUUUACUGACCUCCAAGGAGGACCCAAAAGAGCAGAAGCUUCUGUUGAAGAUUCUCAGAAGAAUGGUCACAUCCAAUGAGAAGCUUCUGGAGAAUCUCAAGAAUGCAGGCAGCCUCCUGCGGGCUCUGGAGUGGCUGGCCACCACUGGCGGUUCGUCCGCCCACAGCGUGGUGACUUCCUUGGCCCAGGAGAUCCUCCAGCUGCUGGACGCCAGGCAGGACGGCACUUAGCACGAGCCGGCUCUGCAGCCCGGCCCUCAGCCACAACGGUCACACACCACCUGUAGCUCUAUUUGGACUUUAAAUAAAGUUGGCUGAACCCAGAA